CAAAUUAUCAAAGUGUCUAACCCACUAGGCCACUAUUGAGGUUCAAAUCAAAAUCAACCCACUAUUCCAAAAUAAAAAAGUUUUCCUAACAAAAAUAGUAAAGGGAAAAGUAACAUGGACAUGUUUUCCAAUUUCCAUCAAGCAAAUAGCAAGAUGCCACGUGUACACCAUAUUGAUCAUCCUCAUCAUUCACCAUGUGGGCUCCAUUUCUGACUCUAGCUACCUUGUUAGCACUUAGCAAAAAAACAAAGACACUUAGUUUUAGCUAAAGAAAUCAAAUCACACUUCAAUUUCCUCACUCUUUCUCCCCACUUUUCUCUCCCACUCUCACUUCCCCCCCCCCCCCCCCCACAAAUGUGCCCCCCACCAUCUCACCCUCGGCAACUUCCACAACAACCACGCCAACCUCCACCACCUCUGCCACGCCAACCACCCCAACAACCACGCCAGCCACCGCAACAACCACCAUCACCACGCCAACCUCCUCAACAAUCACCUUCGCCACGACAACCGCCACAACAAUCACCACGACAACUACCCCAACAGCAACCGAAGCCCCCAGCUGACCUACGCCAACCACCACCACCACCACCACAAUACCAACCAUCACCUCAGCAGCUACCACCAUACCAACCGCCGCCGCAACAACCACCACAAUACCCUCAACCACCACCGCAACAACCACCAUCAUACGAAGAACCACCACCACCGUACCCUUACCCCUACCACCAUCACCCAAGGCCGAAAAAAUCAAGCUCAACCUUAGCAUCUUGCUUUUUAGCAACUUCUUUCUUGAUCCUUCUUACAAUCGCAGCUGUAAUAACUUGCUUCAUUCUCUUCCGCCCACAAAACCCACAAAUCUCAGUUCACACCAUGAAAUUCCCAUCUUUUACUCUCGUCAAUGGCACUGCCAACUUCACCUUCUUCCAAUACGUGGCGGUUCGGAACCCGAACCGCUACUCCUUCUCUCACUAUGACAGCUCCCUGCAGCUCUUCUCCUCCUCUGCAGGACCCCUUGGAUUCAUGUACAUCCCUGCAGGAAGUAUAGCUGCUGGCAGAACUCAGUUCAUGUCUGCUACAUUUGAUGUCAAGUCUUUCCAACUCCCGCCCAAUGUCGGAAACGCAGGAUCCGGGCCUGUUCCUGGUUCCGGGCAGAUAAUGGAGCUGGAGACGAGGAUGAAGUUAGUGGGAAGUGUCAAAGUGUUGAAGGUGUUUGCACAUCAUGUUGAAAAAGGAGCUAAGUGCAGGGUUUCAAUUCAGGUUUCAGAUGGGUCUGUUCUUGGCUAUAAUUGCUGAUCGAUCCCAAUUCCAUUCCAAUCUUUCACCUUAUUUUCGGCCUUUUUUUCGAAUUCAAGAUUAGUAACAAGUGUAAAAAAGAAGGAAUUUUGUGUGUUGUAAUUCUAGGAUGAUGAUUCAGUUUUUGUCUAGGAGAUCAGCAAAAUUAUGUACUGUAGAUUUUUUUUUUUUUUUCCUUUCUGUUGGGAACUAAGUUCUGCAAUGAAUGUGUUGUAAUGUAAAAUAUGAAAUUUUUAAUGA